AUGGCGACUGUUAUGCGGAAGGGGGACAACUCCCAAGGGAUGGUCGGAAGAGGUGCUGCGCAGCGCAGAGAGACGGUAGAAACGGAUGAAACCACACACCCCCUCCAGAGAAGUACGGACGAGCCGGAGCUCGACACGGCGAGAAACCCGACGAGGAAAAAAGGGUCGCAGAAGGAUUGUCGCCGGGAUCUCGUCUGA